AAAAAAAAAAACUCCCCAUGCAUCGGAAUGGUAAAACGAGAAUGUGCGUGGAGGACCCUGGUACGAUGUGGAGUAGUUGAAGUUGAUGAAGAGAUUAUUGGCUAUACAACAUUUGCAUUUAAACUUAACGUAAAUUAAAGGGUAAUCAGGUCUCCAUUAGACCUGGGGCAGGUCAGAUUCACUGACUGAUGGAAAUAGAGAAGAGGAAAAGGGGGACAUCUCUUCACUCAAGCAGAAGCGCCAUGCACUGGCGGAGCAACAUUCAGUGCUUCUUUUUUUCGGAUGAAAUGUAGUUUAUCGUCGUUUGGUGGACCAUGUAGUAAGUGUUUGUGCUUGCAUGUAGUAUGAUAUUGAGUCCGAUAUGUCUAAUGUGACGCCGAGUAAAAGCGUGGAAUGGCUGCAACUCGAGUUAGAGUCCGGAGGCACUUCUCUGCUCCUGCUGGACUGCCGUUCACAUGAGCUUUAUGAAUCAUCCCACAUAGAGACCGCCAUAAACCUGGCCAUACCGGGGCUGAUGCUCCGGAGGUUCAAAAAAGGCAACAUACCUAUCCGGACUAUCAUCCCCAACCAUGAGGAUAAAGAGAAGUUCAUAAGACGGUGUAAGACGGACACGGUCGUCCUAUACGAUGAGUGCACCAUGGACUGCCAGGACAGUGGAGCUCCAGCCUCGGUUUUGGGUCUACUUCUUCAAAAACUAUGGGAAGACGGGUGUAAAGCGUUUUACCUGGAAGGUGGAUUUGUAAAGUUCCACACAGUGUACCCAGAGCACUGUGAGACCCUCAUAGACAGCUCCUGUCCCAGUUCCUCUCCUCCGCUGUCUGUCUUGGGUUUUGGAAAUCUCCGGAUCAGCUCAGAUUGUUCCGAUGGGGAAUCGGAUCGAGAGCCGAGCAGUGCCACUGAGUCUGAGGAGAGCCCCAUCCCCAGCAAUCAACCUGCCUUCCCCGUCCAGAUCCUACCCUACCUUUACCUGGGCUGCGCCAAAGACUCCACCAACCUAGACGUGCUGGGCCAGUACAACAUCAAGUACAUCCUGAACGUCACACCCAAUCUCCCCAACAUGUUUGAGCAUGACGGCCACUUCAGGUACAAACAGAUCCCCAUUUCAGACCACUGGAGUCAGAACCUGUCCCAGUUCUUCCCAGAAGCCAUAACAUUUAUAGAUGAGGCUCGGUCUAAGCAGUGUGGCAUCCUGGUCCACUGCCUUGCUGGCAUCAGUCGCUCAGUCACAGUCACCGUGGCCUACCUGAUGCAGAGACUCAACCUCUCUCUCAACGACGCUUAUGACUUUGUCAAGAGGAAGAAGUCCAACAUUUCCCCAAACUUCAACUUCAUGGGUCAGCUUCUGGACUUUGAGAGGACGCUGGGGCUGCACAGUCCUUGUGAUAACCGUUCCACCAGCGAGGAGCAGCUCUUCUUCACCACACCAACCAAUCACAACGUCUUCCAGCUGGACACACUGGAGUCCACAUGAGGAUCGAUUGGAUAGCCUUUGGGUCAUUUCCUGGUGUCUCUGAGGGUUUUCUGAGCCUGUCAGAUGCCGAACUAGCUGACACAAGCAGUAAGUCAGUUACAGUAUUUCUGCACCAAAAGGAACUACAUUGAUCUGUUAAAGGAACAGAGUCCGUAUUGUAGAGAACAUGAUCCAUUAGAUCCUGCCUGCCUUAAUUUCUAACACAAUGAUGACUUUUGCUAUCCACCAUACAUGGCAUUAAUCAGUGGUCAUGUACGACCAUAAUAGCAGGACAUUUCAUAACUUUUCUGUUAAAUCUAGAAUUGUUGUUUGACUGUUAUUUGUUAUUCACCAGCUGUAAAGCGGAUGUUAAUGUAUUUCUUUGUAUACGUUGUGAUUAUUGCCUUGGUGGUCUAAAAAAAAGUCUUUGGCCAAUCAGAAUGUUUUCUGGGGUCCAAUCCGAGAUGUUUUUGAUGGUACUCUUACUGAGGGCAAAAAGCUACUACAGUGAUCCGGCCUUGAAUUAUUGUCCAGUUUUUCUUCUGAUGACUGUCUGCAGCUCACUUGCUUAUCACAGAAAGCAUAUUUUCGUGUGCUAUCACUCAGAAUACCUUCACUAAUGUCUGGUAAGCACCAUGAUGUUAAACAGUUAUUCUUUAAAUACAAGAUUGAGUGGCCACUUUCUGUUAAAAUAUCAAAGUGAAAACAUAUUAUUCUCCAGAAAUACUCCUGUACAUUUUAUUGCUUAUAACUGCAUUAUUUGCAUGUGAUUAUGUUCUACCAAGGAUCUUGUUUUGUAACCUUUAGGUCAUAUUUCCUGUUGUUGUUGAGGCCUUGACCGUAACUUAACAUGGAAUUGAACUAUUUGUCCGUUACCGGGUCGAGGUAUACUUUAUAGGAGUGGCUUUUGCCACAAUGGAAAGGAACAAAUGUGUAAGUAAUCAGUGUAUAAAGGAAUGGAUGUUCACAUUAUUUUUUACUCCAACAGUCUUCAGUCUGCAGCUACUCCUUCGGUGGCACAGUGAUGUGUAAUUAGCUGUUCUCUAUUGCCAGUCUCGUCUCAGAACAAAUGAGUGAGUUUGAUGUAUGAGAGGGAAGGAAAGGAAAUUAAUUUGACAAAUGUGUUCUUACCUCACAGAGAGACAUUUUCAGGGAUUUUUAUACAAGUCAUCUGUAUCUCGUCAUGGCCUCUUAAAGUGCAUCCAAGGGCUGUUUCGUUUGGUAUGUUUGUAAAGAUGUACAUAAAAUGUGGUCGUUAUGGGGGACGUUUUCUUAAAAUCAUGAAGGAUGUGAAAGUGACCCUAUUUUGACCCUUAUGUAUAGUAUGUAAAGCUAAAUGUCCAAGACAUUCUAUACAAGUUUAUACAACAAAUAUAUUGUAUAUUUUUACUUGAA